UCAAGUACACCUCGGCAUCGUUUUGGAUCAGUAAGUACUAUGUGGAUGGUUAAUUUAUGUUGUAAUUGGGAAUUUUUAAAAUGCAAUAAUUAUAAGCUCGUAUUUUGAUGUAUGCCAUGAUCGAUUGAACUGAUAACGUUCUGUAUUUAUGCCUUCGUAUUGUGGCCAUCAAUCAAUGGAAUGCCAUUUUUAUCAAUUCCAAUAUACUGGUAUAUACAUAUCAACAAAUCGCUUACAAAUGAUUAAAAUCCACCAGGACAUUCGCACCAUCGAAUACAUUCUGAGUACCAUCUCGCACAGGGCUUCCUGCCUCCAUCUCUGGGCCCUGUCCCUGGCCCAUUCCCAACUCUCAUUCGUGCUGUGGGGUAUGCUGCUGACGAAAAUACUCAAGAUUCCUGCUGGGUAUGUCUCCUCCAUUGCGAUAUUCGUUGUCUUUGCCCUUUGGGCGUUCUUCACAAUUUCCAUUAUGGUCGACUGUGUGGAGUUUAUGAGCAAAUUCUAUGCGGGCACCGCAAGCCCAUUCACGCCUUUCAGCUUCCACGAUCUGUUGAAAGCUACAGAAUAUGAUGAGUAAAACAUAAUGGAUCCACAUAGGGAUAUACGUAGUCUA